CGAAGAGAAAGAAUAAAAGGAGAGAUCUUCAGUUUUUUUUCCAUAAUUAUCGAGAAUAUAGUCUUCAGGGAAAGAAAAUUAAAAAAAAGAAAUGAAAAUAGUUACUCUUCUGUCGUUUUUAGGUCUCAUUUCAGUAUAAGCGGAACACAAGUAGAAAUUGAAACUAGCAGAAACUGAAGCUGCAACAACGAGUUUCUUGUCCUUUCCUGUUAUAUUGUAGUUAAAACAUCUGUGGGCAUUUUUACCUAUAGGUCGAUCAUGCCUCGCGGUAGACGUCGUAUUAAUCACGAAAUGGAUGAAGAUGAACGUCAGCCUUCUAAAAGACAACGUAAUAACUAUUCCUCAGCGACAAUGAAUACCACAACCACACAGAACACAAGCAGACGUCAUAUCAAAGCUGAAGAUACAUUCAGCCAUAAAAGAUGUUUAGCCUGGUUCCGUGAAUACACAAAUCCCGAUGAACCAGACACAUUAGGACCCGAUGGCAUGGAAAAAUUCUGUGAAGAUAUUGGCGUAGAACCAGAGAAUGUUGUUAUGCUAGUAUUGGCAUAUAAAAUGGGUGCCACACAAAUGGGUUUCUUUAGUCAAUAUGAAUGGCUUAAGGGUUUAACUGAAUUGGAAUGCGAUUCAGCUGCUAAAAUGCAAUUAAAGCUGGAUUAUUUAAAAAAUAUACUCAACGAUCCUAAUGUAUUUAAAAGUAUAUAUCGUUAUGCGUAUGAUUUCGCCAAGGACUCUGAUCAACGCAGUAUGGAUACAGCGACAGCUAAAGCUAUGCUCCAGCUGUUAUUGGGUAAACAUUGGCCAUUAUAUACACAAUUUGCCCAAUUCCUGGAUCAGUCAAAGUACAAAGUCAUAAACAAAGAUCAAUGGUGUAACAUUUUGGAGUUUUCACGAACCAUCAAUAUCGAUUUAACAAAUUAUGACAUCGACGGAGCAUGGCCCGUUAUGUUGGAUGAAUUCGUGGAAUGGUUACGGCAGCAACGUACAUGCACAAGUACUACGAUAUUAAGCUGAAAUAUUUCACAUUCCAUCAAUCCCUACUGCUAAAUAACACAAAAAGAAAAUUUAGUACUACUAUAAAUGAGGAAAAAACAACAACAAAAAAUUGAAAAACUGAGAAGUCUGCGCUUCUCCUUAACCUAAUUCCAAACAACUAUUUUCCUUACAGAGAGAGAGGAAGUUAAUGAAAAAGAAAAAAACAAAAAAAAAA